CAAAAUAAAAGAACCCUCGUUGAACCACUUUGUGUUCCCUCUUCCUCAAGUUAAGUUUGAAAUUAAAUAAUCAUUAGCCCAACUCAAAUUUUCUCCAAACCCAAUAAUGAGGACAUGCAAGUCAUAAUUUAAAAAAGCUGAUGCCAUUUUGUUCUAUAAAAAUUCCUACCCAUUAACGACCAUCUUAAUUCUUACCUGUUUCUAUCAACGCAAAGCAUAACCGAAAAUUACUCAAAACCCAAUUUUGCACCAAAAAUUGGUCAUCUAUGGCAGAGCUAGAGAACCCUAAUGUGAUGCCAAAGCUCAUCACAUUUCUCUCUUCUCUGCUUCAGAGGGUAGCUGAAUCCAACGAUCUCAACCGCCAAUUUCAGCCUCAGAAAAUCUCAGUCUUUCAUGGACUAACUAGACCCACAAUCUCGAUUCAAAGCUAUCUAGAGAGGAUCUUCAAGUAUGCGAAUUGUAGCCCAUCUUGCUUCAUCGUUGCAUAUGUUUAUCUCGAUAGGUUUGCUCAAAGGCAACCCUCAUUGCCUCUCAAUUCUUUCAACGUCCAUCGUUUGCUUAUAACAAGCGUCAUGGUUGCCGCCAAGUUCUUGGAUGACAUGUAUUACAACAAUGCUUACUAUGCUAAAGUCGGAGGAAUCAGCACAGUAGAGAUGAACUAUCUUGAAGUGGAUUUUCUAUUUGGAUUGGGGUUUAACCUGAAUGUGACCCCCAACACCUUCCACUCAUACUUUUCCUCCCUCCAAAGGGAGAUGAUGCUUCAACCUGUACCACCAAGCUUAGCAGAAUCUUCACUGAACUUAGGGAGAUCUCUAAAGGUCCACUUGUGUUUCAACGAGGAUGAGACAUCCCAUCAAAAGCAGCAAGUUGCUGUUUAAGCCUUUUCAAUAUAAGCAUUAAAUGUAGUUAGCCAUAGAGAUAGUGACUCUUCCUCCUCCUCUAGUCUCCUUUUUUAUUUUCUUAGUUUGGGAUUGGCAAAAGCUCUGUAAUUUUUCUUUCUUGUCUAGGUUUUUGGAUUAUUCAAAUUAUUUGGUAAUGUACAGAUGGGAUUAUCUGCUUUACAGUGUGGCUAAUCAAAAUGAUUCUCUCCUAUAAAUUUGGGUUGA